AUGUUGUCAUGCUCUGACGAUGUCUGUCACAUGAAGGACAAAAGCUCAGCAGAGAUUGCUCGGGGUCAAAGGGCGGUGCACCGAGAAUCUAUUCGCACAAAUCUACACCAACAGCUCCAAGGCAAUCCUCCCACAGCCUCCGGUGGAACCAAUUUACGAAUCACUUCCACUUGCCUCUUUAAACGAAAUGAAAGGUACUCCAACACUGUUCCUAUCGGCUUGCACGAAAAGUAG